UGCAUUAUCAGAAGAUCAUUCACCGAGACAUCAAACCAUCAAACUUGCUCUUGGGGGACGAUGAACAUGUCAAAAUUGCUGAUUUUGGAGUGAGCAAUCAGUUUGAAGGCAGUGAUGCCCAGCUCUCCAGCACUGCUGGGACCCCAGCCUUCAUGGCCCCCGAAGCUAUUUCAGAUUCUGGAAAGAGCUUCAGCGGAAAGGCUCUAGAUGUCUGGGCAAUGGGUAUUACUCUCUUUUGUUUUGUAUAUGGGAAGUGUCCCUUCAUUGACGAAUUCAUCCUGGCGCUUCACAACAAGAUCAAAAACAAGCCCGUGGAGUUUCCAGAAGA